GGCGGCGCGCCGCACCAGUCGUCGCGGUGGUCGCGAAGCGAGGUAUACGUCAGUUUAUGUCGCGGUCGGUGAUGGUGUGCUGAUGUGGUGAACGUUCGACUGCCGACGUGACUGAACGUGACUCUCGGUUCUCGGAACAGUCGGAGCGCGCAGCGGAGGAGUCGCGAGCGAGACGGGACGGUGCGGGUGAGCCAGUGCGCGAGACACGACCGCGUGAUGUGAACGUUUUCUCGUAGCGCGCCGCGCGUCGCCAGAGCGUCGUCGUAGUUGAUCGUCGCGAGGAGCCGACGAGCGUCGCAAUUCCGUCGUGCGAGCAGCAGAAGGUGGCUCAGAAAGCGAUCUCAAAAUGUGGAGCCCGACGCACGUUCAGGUGACAGUUCAGAGGGCCAAGGAUUUGCUGACUAAAGGAAAACAUAAGACCAACGAUUGCUUCGUGACGAUCGCACUCGGCAAGGAAAAGUACCAGACGUCGGUAAAAGAAAAGGCUACCAAGGACGUGGAAUGGCACGAGGAAUGCGAGCUGCUGAUCCCGGAGCAGGGAAACACCGCGGAAAUCGUCCUCACCGCUCUGCACCGCAACUUCCUGGGUGUCGACGAGUUUCUUGGCACCAUCAAUAUCCCGCUCUCCAGCUUCGACGUGUACGAGAGGCCCAGGAAUCGAUGGUACGCUCUUAAUAGCAAACCAGGCAAAGAGAACACUAAGGAGAGAGGCGAGCUCGAGGUGAAGAUCGGCUUUAUUGUCAAAGCUGGAAGUCUGACCGACCUAAGUAAGAAGGAACGUCACAAAAGCUCCUUGGGACAAUUGUCCACAGCCGCGCAGUCGAUCGGCGGUAGUUUGCUCAGUAUCGGCAGCUUUGAGAAACGCAAGGGCCUCAAGAAAUUAGCCAAGUCAAUUGGGAACAAAGUCAAAGGCAAGAGCAAGAAUCGGCUCGAUGAAAAUAACUUGGACGAGAAGGAGGAACGCGAAUUUAAAAUCACGCGACAGGAACCAGGCGAAGCUGACCCCGGAGUUAUCAGCGAAGAUGAAGAUGAAUUCACGUUCGACGAUUUAUCUCACAAAAGCUCGGCCUCAUCGCUGAACGCACCCGUGCAUCAGGGUGUUAAUAGCGGUAAUACUACUACUGGCAUUUCGAACGGUUCGCAGAGCAAUGUCUUCAAUGAGAUGCACACGCCACCGGUGCCAAUUAAUGCCGCGCCGAGUAAACCACCGCGAUUUGCCAUGAGCGCGUCCACUACAAAUCUAUCGAAGGUCGACAAUUUAACGAAGGACGAUGAGUGGGGUUUGAAGCUCUAUGGGAAGCAGGCGAGCAGCGUACCCAAAAGAUGGGAAAGCAAACCUAAGAUCGUGGUGGACGAGGCGCAGGAUAAUAAACGCGACGCGUCACCUAUUCGUUCACCGAUCGCAUCGAGGUUAAAAGAUCUUCCAGAACCGCCCAGUCCGGCGCCGAGAGAGAUCCUUCAUCCGAGGAACAAGGAUGAGAAACUCGCCGCGAGCAAAGAGAAACUUGUGAAGGAAGAUAAGCCGAAGGAUAAGAAGGACGAGAAAUACGAGCCGCGAAAUCCCAAGGAGGAAAAGCAUGCGAAGAAGGACAAGAAAAAAGACAAGGAGAGCAAAUUCAAAGACGCUAACGACGAGAAUCAUCUGUCUUCCGAAAGGAUCAUCAUCGGCGGCGAGGACGCCGUUAAGAAUGCCGCGAAUUCCAAGAGUCGCCUGCCGCACGAGGUCCUUAACCAGUUCGAGGGAAAAUCGAGAGAAGAUUUAAUAGAACUGGCAUUGCAGCUGCAGACGCAAGUCACGGAGAAGAACAAGAGACUCUCCGAUCUGGAGGAUUAUAUCGAUGCACUGCUGCUACGCGUGAUCGAAUGUUCUCCGCGAUUACUUCAGAAUCCGUAUCAAAGGCGAUUGUCGUCCCCCGGAAAUCAAUAGAUCGAUAAUUCGCGACAUAAUAAAGCUUUUCUAUCUUCAUCUGGGGAUCCCUUUUAAUGUCUUAAUGAUACAUUUAUUUAAACAUGACUGACGCAAAGUCGCAAAUGGCUAUUUGUUAUAUUAACAUUGCUACAUAUUCUAAUUUAUUUUCUUUUAUGCAUUAUAACUGGAAAGAAAAGAUAUAACGUAGCAGCGUUGCGAAAUCCAUUUCCCCGUAUUUAUUUAUAAAUCCCGCGAGAAUAAUCGUAAGCUAAUCAAGUGAUAAUAAGUAAGUGAUAAUAAGUAAUUUAUACUUAUUAUAUCGGAAAUCAGUUUAUUAUCGUUACGAACAAAGAAUAGGGUGUGUGGUGAUGCCAAUUGAAAAUGAUUUGCAUUUCAUGUAAUCCCGUCUUCCUAGUAAACAAAACUAUCCGAAGUUCGAAAGUUUGUGUUCGUUCGCGAUUGAGAUUUCCGUCCAAUUGACGUUUUGCAAGAAAACAUAGCGAACACUGUAGACUGUAUAUUUCUUUUAUCAAUAUCUAUUAUACUCGUAAGUUAUCUAGGAAUAUUUCGUAAGGUAAAUUCUGUCGGGUCGAGAAGCUUCGCGAGAUAAACACAAGAAAACACGUGCCUUCUGUCUUGUACAUGUAUGCACUCGCAUUAAAUCGAACUACGCCUUGUUAAUUAGAGCAUUGUUUAAUUACGAGCAUUAUUGAAUAAAGAUAAUAUACGAAUGUUCAAUGUGGUACUUAUGUCUCACAAUGAAUUUCAAAUGUUCAAACUAUUACAUGACUUAUAUUUGAGUAUAUUUUUAUUAACAAAUAAAUAAAUUUCGAAGUUUA